AUUACUAAUAAUACUUUAUUUCAGAUAAAUUGUAUCCACAUAAUUGUUGGUAUGGCUUCCAACCUGUCAGCUAUGACCUUGAGUAUGCUGUUGUGACUGCCCCGCCUCCGGACAAGGCACAACAGCGACGCUAUUCGCUUACGCCUGAUGAUCGUUAGCUUAGCUUACGCAUUAUGAUCUCAGUCGCCAGUUAGUUUUGCGGCAAGUAUAAAGGGAAAGCAAACUGAAGACCAAGCUCACAUCAGUAUCUCUCUCACUCUUGCCAUGACCACGUAGUAGGAAAUGCUCCUGGCUUUCUAUACAAAUACAGUACCGGGACCGGGAAUUCCCGAGUCUCGCCUUACCAACUCAGUGCCGGGAGCAUUCCCUACCACAUACGCGAAUGAGAAGUUGUAUGCCCCGGUCGUCAGUUUGGUUUGCGGAUAGUAUAGAACGGUCCCGGCCCGGGUCCGGACCAUCGCGUCCGACUCGUUCUGGAACAUUCCAUUAAAACGGUCCAAGAUGUGCUACAAGGGCAAUUUCCUCCAUUGCAUCCCAAUCCAGUGGGCAUGCCUCGCACUGGGCAUUUUGAAUGCGAUCGCCAGUGUUCUGCUCCUCGGGAUGUAUGCUUUCAAUUGGUUUUUGGUAUUUGCCAUGUCAGAGGGAACAUUGACAUGGAAUAACUUAUUCGGUGGUUACUCUCACCGUGGUUGGAUUCCUGAGGUGUUCUUAUUCGUCAUAGUGCCAUUCGUUGUUCUUUUCAACUUGAUCUGCUCCAUUGUGCUCUGCAAUGGAAUAUGCCAACGUCGACCGAGGCAGGUGAAAGUUUUCUUCUUGUACGGCGUAGGGAUCACCAUCUUAGCGGCCCUAGUGUCCGUGAUGCUUCUCAGUUGCGACACCGACCAGCUGGGGCUGCGCCUUUACACCGACCCAGAGGCUGAUGUCGAGUUCAGGAUAGCUCAGGGGCUCUGGCUGCUGUUUGGAUGUGUUCUCCAUUCGUUGUUCCUCGUGCUGGUCCACCAGACGCACAAGAAGCUCAAAGACGAGGAAUCCUUCGAUCAUGUCCGCCUACAGGAAUUAAAUAACACGAAAAAAGGGCUUCAUGUAUAAAGUAGACCAGGAGAGCUACCACGAACAUCUGCGUCCCCGUCGUUCGAUUAGUGAACGAAAGAAUCGAUAGAGACAGGGUUCGAAAUUAUCCAGAUAAUUAUAGUCUUUGAUAAGUAUCCGAUAAAUAUCCGAUAGCUAUCCGAUGUAUAGAUGGCGCUAUUGGCUAUGGAUUUAACGCAACUAUCAACGUUCCAAUACACGCGCGAUUUGUUUUAAAUCAUACCGCAUUUUAUAAAUUUUAGAUUAUUAUCAAAUCGAUAAUUAUCAAUAUUAUCAUGCAUAAAAAUCACGAUAAUUAACAAGAUUACUAUCAUUGAUGAUUAUCCUUUCGAACCCUGGAUAGAGAUGACAAGUUUGCUUCGUAUUUCAAUUUCGCGGAGGUCGUCAGGAUUGGCAACCCGACUGGUGCUCUUGUCUUGUGUGAACAAGAGUUCCGUUUUCCGUUGUUAGGAGUAUACGCACGGUCACAGACUUAUACUCUGUAUCUUUAGGUAUUUAAAAAAGUAAACAAAAUAUACCCUCAAAUGGCUCCUUAAGCCAGUUGAGGGUAGAUGAAAACAUUACAUGAUCAAAUAGUGUAGGUUUAACUUUAAAGUCAGGUCGUAUGUGACAGAUCCAGGCGGUUUUGUAUUUGGUUGGUUAACCAAUAAAUAUUAUAACUACCCGAAAAUGUACAAAUUGUUUGUUUACUCUUAUUUAAAUACCUAAAAAUACAGAGUAUAAGUCAAUACUAACGCUAUGACAUCUCCAAUGUAAAGUAAGCCCUAGAUGGCUCCAUAAUUAAAGUCCGCGACUGUACUAAAUAUACAUAAAGUGAGACAUAUGAGAUCUGUAUUUAACACAGUCACUGCCAGCGACCCGCUAGACGGGUUCUCUGUUCCUAGGCGCUUUUCGCUACAUACGGGUUUUCCCGUGUUAUCGGCUACGCCCUUAGCGCGUAGCUUGCGCUGGCAGUGAAUUCGUUAAGGUAGAAAUAUAAUAUUAUCAUGCUGCACUUUUUUUACUUUUAAUUCCGAAAAAUGGAAUGUGCUUUUUUUUACUUUUUAAUUUAAGUUAAUGAAGUCCUAAAUUAAAAAAAAAAAAAUUUUGGUUGUGUGAUUUGCAUUUAUUUAGUCUAAGGAUUUGUAGUGUUAUGUCUAGUUAAUAUUUAUGUUGUUUUCGAAAAUGUAUCGGUAUGUGCAAGAUUAAACUAAUAAUAAACUCUGGCUCUUUGACUUAGCAGACCUCGCGAACAUAGCUUAAAAUGGAAUAAAUGUCUGCGAUUUUGAAAAAUUCCAAAACUGAAUCGACAAGUAAAUUAUAUUUAAUUAUUGAACCUGCUUACAAAAUUUCACGAAAAGCGGUUGAGCAUUGCGACCUUUUUUAUUGAAUAACUUGUUUGUUACACUCUGUAUCUUUAGGUAUUUAAAUAAAAGUAAACAAAAUCUACCCUCAAAUGGCUCCUUAAGCCAGUACAUGAUCACAUACUCGUACAGUACAGUCACAGUCAGUACAUGAAACAUCGUUCAGUGACAGAUCCAGGCGGUUUUGUAUUUGGCUGUUAUUAUGUAUAAAUGUUAUAGUUUAAUAGUUACCCGAAAAUUUACGAAUUCUUUGUUUACUUUUAUUUAAAUAUCUAAAGAUACAGAGUAUAAUGUGUUGUUCUUUUAGUUGUUAGUUUCUUUUUCCAUAAAGUUUAUAGUUUAAGUUAGUGUGAUUAGUUUAUAAGUUCAAUUGAAAUAUGGACCCCUUAUUGGGUAAAGGCCUCCUCGAUCUUAUGCCAUGUUUCCCUGUCUUUAUUCGCCCAGUUGCUUCUUGCUAUGUCUUGUAUAUCAUCAGCGCACCGUCUUUUUGGUUUUCCAAUUUUUCUUUUUUCUGUUGGCCCCUUCCAUUGUGUGGUGGUUUUGGUUGUGCAUCCGGACGGACAUAUGGAAGCAUUUUUGCCUAAGGUGUCACGAAGAACUUCGCUAAGCUCGGUCUGAUAAUUGAUUGUUUAUUUAUAUUUAAUGCCGAAAAAUCGGAACCCUUGCCUGAUAUUUGGUAGGCGUAGUUUAUGAAAAUAAUAAAAUACUCUAUAUUUUUGUUAUUCUAAAAUACUUAAAAAAUUUUUUUAAGACAACGACAAUUUAUUUUUAUUUACCUACUAUUCUACCUAAAUAUGUAUUCUCUGCUGGGGUGUGAGUCUGAUUUAAAUAUAUUACCAACCUAUUUUUAACCAACUUAAAUUCCAAGGAGGAGGUUCUAUGUCCGGUUGUAGCUAUUUUAUUUUUAUUGUAUGUUCACCAAUUAUUCCGAGCCCCGUGGUCCGAAUUCAGUAAUGGAAUCUGUUUAAAAGGACUGUUCACUACCGUACUUCUGUAGAGUAACUUACAUACAAAGAUGUUAACCAAAUAUCACUCGAGAUGGCGCUGUACCAGGAACGGCGAUUUCUACAUCGCGCUAAUGAUUUUUUUAUUGGGAUUGUAUAUAAGGGUUUGGGAUUAUUUUUAAUACUUUAGAAUCCAUAGUGAUCAUGAGUAUUACCUUAACCGAAACAGAUUAUAAUGAUAGUUAUAUCAAUGGCUUUAUAAAGUCAUCAUAAAAAGCGUAACAUGUUUCUUAAAAGGAUAAAUA